UGUAUUGCAACUGUUGCAAAGCGGAACAGUUUUGGCGUUACACACCAGCCUCUUCCUCUGAAAGAAGCGAACUCAUUCAAGGAUUAGUGGUUAAAGGUCCCGGGCUGAAGAUGUUUUUAACCAGAUCGGAAUAUGACAGAGGUGUGAACACAUUCUCCCCAGAGGGAAGAUUGUUCCAGGUUGAAUAUGCCAUCGAGGCAAUAAAGUUGGGCUCCACAGCCAUCGGCAUCCAGACAUCAGAGGGAGUUUGUCUGGCUGUGGAAAAAAGGAUCACUUCCCCCCUGAUGGAACCCAACAGCAUUGAAAAAAUUGUGGAGAUUGACACUCACAUCGGUUGUGCUAUGAGCGGCUUGAUAGCUGACGCUAAGACUCUUAUUGACAAAGCGAGAGUGGAAACGCAGAACCACUGGUUCACAUACAAUGAGACAAUGACGGUAGAGAGCGUGACUCAGGCUGUGUCCAACUUGGCCCUGCAGUUUGGAGAAGAGGACGCAGACCCUGGUGCAAUGAGUCGGCCCUUUGGUGUAGCGCUACUGUUCGGAGGAGUUGAUGAAAAAGGACCGCAACUCUACCACAUGGACCCUUCAGGAACCUUUGUGCAGUGUGAUGCUCGGGCAAUUGGCUCAGCGUCAGAAGGAGCACAGAGUUCUCUUCAAGAAGUUUACCACAAGUCCAUGACAUUAAAAGAGGCCAUCAAGUCGUCUCUCACCAUCCUCAAGCAGGUGAUGGAGGAGAAGCUUAAUGCCACCAACAUUGAGCUGGCAACAGUAGAACCUGGUAAGACCUUUCACAUGUACUCCAAAGAGGAGCUGGAGGAUGUGAUCAAGGACAUCUAAGCUGGAAAAAAGAUCAGCUGAUGAGGACAUGAAAGUGUACCAGACCUAACCACCCAAACACAACUUUCCAACCACAACCUGCUGCAUUCAGAAUAUUUUUAAUGUUUCUAUUUGAAAUGUGGUAAUUUACUUCUUGUCUCUCAGUUUCUGUGCAUUUCUGUACAGGAGUCUUACCAGCGCUUAGAAACAGAGUGGUGAGAAAAAGGAAGGGGCGAGGUUUUUUGUUUUGUUACGAAUCAAUACUACAAUAAAAAUGUUGUAUUCAGAA